AUGUUCGCGUCACGUUCGUGCGUCGCAAGCGUCGCGCUCUCGGGAUCCGGGGCUCCGAUCCCUCCGACAAACAACACGUUCGAUUCCUCCGACGACGGUAUCAGCGCCACACCUCAGAGACGUUGAGCUUAUUUCGCUGCAGAUGUCGACAUCUAUUGCGUUGAUUUGGUGCAAAGUGGUUGCCUUGCGCUUAUGAUCACGCCGCGGACGCUCUCAAGCUGUGACCCUUUGUUUAUGAGAUGACCGCAUCAUUGCAGGCUGAAGGCCGUCCAACCCACCCCUUCGUUACGGCCACUUUAGAGCCUCUUUUGAGGACGCGGGUUGGUACGCCGCCACAUGAGCUCACGGUCAGUCGCAAUGACGAGAUCUUGUACGUGAGGCUAUGACGCGCUCACACAUGCGUGACCGUACAUAAACAGUGCCUCCUCGUUUUCUAUAAGAUCCAUCCAUUCAUCAUGUCUUCUGCAGCACUCAAAUUCCGCGCUUCCUCAAGAGUUAUCGUUCGAACAUCACCGAUUCUACGCAACUCUAUCAGAAUGUCUUCCACCAACAGCUACGGACAGGGCAAGUCCCACGCCACCGGCGAAUCCGCAGUACCCGGAAAGAUUCAGGAGCAGGCUCCCUCUGCUCUCGAGGAGGCUCUGCCCGACUCCGUUCACCCAACUGGCGGCAAGGCUGAUCAGUCCACCUCCCAGACCCACGCAAAGGAUGGCGGUGACGCCUCUAUUGUCCCCAAGAAGAUCCAGGAGAUUCUUCCUGAGUCUGUUGAGCGCGCUGUUCCCAACGCGAUCCACGACACUGGCGACAAAUAAACGUUUUGCUUUCACAGUAUGAGCGAAAGGUGCUUUAUCGCAGCAUCAUAAUUAUGUACUACAUUGAAUUGAACAACGUUAA